UACAAAAUAAAAUAUUAAUAAACCGAACUCCCUAAUUUUCUAUUGCAAAAAACCGAGAAUAAAAGGCAAGGCGAAGGAAGAAAUAGAAACCGCCAUUGAAGCCGAGAGGAAGGUCCGAAAUGGAGAAAUCCGCGAUCAGGUCCGCAACAGAGCAACUCUCACAACUCCUCCUCAUCAAACCAGAACCUGAAGAUCAGAGAAUCAACAACGACGGCGAAGAUGCUGCAACGACCGCCAUUAACAUCGUCAUCCCUGUCCAACCUUUCAUUUCUCUCUGCAAUUCGCUCAUUCACGUUCUCGAUAAAAUCGGGCCGACAAUGGCGGUUCUGAGGCAAGAAAUUCGUCAGAACAUUGAGCGGCUUGAAAUGGCGGAAGAAUGGGGGGAUUUGGUUGAGAUUCUGAAGAAAGAGGGGAGGGAAGGGAGGGCGAGGACGGAAAGCAGUUGUAGCAGAGCGUUUCUUUGGCUGAUUAGAUCUCUCGAUUUCACAUUGGCCCUAUUGGAGAAGAUAACAAGUAACGAGGCUGGGAUGAACAUGGAGCGAGCAGUCGAGGAAUCCUACAACCGAACUUUGAAGGCAUGGCAUGGUUGGAUUUCGUCCGCUGCUUACAAGAUAGCUCUAAAACUAGUGCCUGAUACACCAACCUUCAUCAACAUAAUCAUGGAAGAUCACCAAAACUACCACACCCUCCUCCAUGACAUCCACACUUUGAUUCCUUUGCUCUCCACUUUUCUCGAACAAGCUCACUCCAUUCUGAGAUUGUAUAACUUGAAUCGGAUUAAGUCGAAAUAGCUACUGAAGACAAGGAGGAGAUCAGAGCCGUGUGUUGCCUUUGUAAAUUAUAUUUCAUUUAUUUGUAUUCCUAUCUUUUACUUGUUCCAUCUUUGGAGAAUCCAUAUCAGAACGGUCCAUUGUGUUCUUGCAUUUGUUACUUUCCAUGCUUUAAUGAUCUUGUUCAAUGUCGUCUUGUGUUCAUGGCAACCAUUGCGGAUGGACUAGCUGACCAUUUAAAGUAGAUUUAGUCCAUUUUUGUUGCUUGUCACACCUUUGCAUUGUAGCCUCUCCUCCUCCCCCAUUCUCUUUCUACCGAUCGUCGACCUUCAACGUUUUCCUCACUUUGUGUUCGUCCUAUGAUCGUCUUAUAGAGCCACACACUUCAGUCCAAUUUUUGGACUAACAAUUUGCUUCUAAGCAAGACCUUGUUCGAGAUUCUUUACUCUGAAUAAUUCCCGCAUCUAUAAAAAAUGUAACUUUUACUUUGUGCUUGAUGAUGUCCCCUUCACUACUUUUCUUCAACUUAAAUACCCAGUUUGUGAUGGAGUGGGAAGUCGGUGAGUGCCCAUGUCUUGUUCUUAUUGAUGGCAUCAAGCUCCUUUUGCAUGAUCUCCUGCCACGAUAUCUCAGUUGGUACCUCACGGUAAGUUGUCGGAUCUUCGGCAACAAGCAACACCAACUCUUUAGGAUCUAGCUCUUCUUCAAGAGUAUCUACAUAAAUUUUAGUGAAAGAACGAAAUUUCUUUAGUCUACUAUUUGUUGUGAAUCCUCCUUUGCUCUCACUUGAACUCCUUUUU